CCUCUUACCAUCACAAAAAUGUUUUUCCUCCACAGAUUUAAUUUUUUUCCAAAACUUGUCUUGUUGUUUUCCUCAGAAGAAAAAUAAAAAACAAAAGAGGAAUUAAUCAAAAAAAAUUCCCAGAUGAAAUUUCCAUGAAUUUUUCUUAAUUUCUAUCAACCUGUUGGAAUUCCAUAAACUCUGUGGAUUCCAACAGUGUGUCCGAUCCAGCGCAAAUCAGAUUCCCCCAAGUUAAAACACAUUCGCCACCUGUUUGAAGAAUUGCCCAAAAGUGAAAUUCAUCUUCUCCCAACAUUUCCCUGAUCUAAAUUUGCAAUCUUUAUUCAUUGUCGGAAGGAAAAGGGAUGGCUAGCAUCGGAAGCUCUUCAAGGGCGCCAUCGAUUGCCUCUUCGCAUCAGUCUCCGGCGAGAUUAGACGAUCAUAAAAUCCCGCAGUGCACCGUGAGUUGCGUGUACCAGACACACAUCGCCGGCUACUGGCGCAAUGUGACUGCUGUGUGGAGCAAGAACCUCAUCGCGAACUCACUCUCCAUCUCUGUGGAAAGCGUGGAGCGUGAUCGAGUUUGCUCGUGCAAGCUCGAGCUUAAACCUUGGUAUUUUUGGUCAAGAAAAGGCAGCAAAACUUUCAUGGUCGAUGAGAAUCAGCUCGAGCUCUACUGGGAUUUACGAUCAGCCAAAUUCUCCGGCCCCGAGCCGAGCAAAGACUUCUACGUUGCGCUGGUCUUCGAGGAGGAACUCGUGCUGUUGCUCGGUGACAUGGAGAAGAAGGCGCAUAAGGCGACCAAAGCUCGGCCUUCGUCGGUGGAAGCACUGAUGUAUUACAAAGAGGAGCAUGUGUUUGGCAAGAAGUCCUUCUCCACGAGGCUGAGGUUCGACGAGAGCAAGGAGCACGACGUGGUGGUGGAGAGCUCGACCGCUGGGGAUAAGGAUCCGGAGAUGUGGAUUAGCAUAGAUGGGAUUGUGUUGAUACACAUUAGGAAUUUGCAGUGGAAAUUCAGGGGAAACCAGACUGUGGUGGUGAACAAGCAUACGGUGCAGGUCUUGUGGGACGUAUACGCGUGGCUGUUCUGCCCGCCUGGGGUGGAUCAUGGCCUCUUCAUCUUCAAGCCCGGGGGCGAGGGGGACGGUAAUGGCGAUGGUGACAGUCAGGGCGAUGGGAGCGACUGCAGUGGCCCCAGCAUGUACUACUCCGCGAGGGGAUACUCAAAGACCGUGGAGACGUGCUACUUUCUGUACGCGUGGAAGACUGAGUGAGUGAUGAAAAGAGGCUUCAAAGAGGCAAAAGGGGGAUGGAAAAGGCAAAGUGGUGCAAUCUUGUGAGGUUUGUUAGGAGGAGUAAAACGUUCGACCAAAGGACUGACGGGCUGAUCUUGACCUAUAAAUGCCAAGGGAAAACUCUUCCAUUACGAAUGACUGAUUCUACCAUGUGUCUGCUCCAUACGUCGAACGAGUGCAGGGCUGCUUUCACAACAAGUUUUGAAGCUACAGAAAUCUAUGCAAGUUGCAACAGAAGAUCACCUAUUUGUUUGUUUCAGGCAAGUUAGAAAUGUAAAUAAACACCGAACGUAUAUGAUGGAAAUCGAUGAUUGCUGAAAAGUUUGUGAAAAAGAGCAGCACUUUGGUUACUAUUUCAUUACCAUAAACUGCUGGCCCAUCUUCAUCAGUACCCUCAUCAUCAUUUCAUCCAGCAGCUUAUCUUAGAAAGUAAUACCAAAGUUAUUGAUACUAUGAGAAUAUGAAUGUGUGUAUCUAUGGUUUUUUCUGUCUAAAUUCAGUU